AACUGUUAUUACUGACUGACUGACUGGAUUAGUUACUGUUUCCUGUCUGAUUACGAUGAUACAUGAUACAACAGAGCUCUGUGGACUGUGAGCUAGAAGAAUGGAAGAAGACGUGUGCUAUUCAACAGUCACCUUUAAUGCAUCUGACAAUGAAAAACAUGAGGUACCACAAUCAAAGGAGUCUGUAUUGUAUGCCGAGGUGAAAAGAAAGACAACUUCUGAGAUGCCAGAAAAGGAAGUGGUCAUCCCAAUCUCUCCAUCUUACAGAAAAGCUACAGUGUGUCUGGGGUUGCUCUGUUUCCUCCUGUUAUCAGCAUUAACAGCUAUCAGCAUAUUCAACUACAUUCAUAUGUCGCAAUACAACACAAUUCUGGUCCAGUUUACUAAAGAGAGAGCAGCUAACCAGGAGUUACUGGCAGACAAGGCAGCACUAAACAACAUCCUGGACUUCAUUUCCAAACAAAGCACUUUUUUAGUGAAUGAGUACUGUCAGUCUACUGGGAAUGGGGUCCAGUGUAAACCCUGUCCUCAAAACUGGAUUCAAAAUGGCUCCAACUGUUACUACUUCCACUUACAAGAUGAUCCUUCUUGGAGAACUUGGUGGAAUAGUGAAGAAUUCUGCCAGAGGUUUGGAGCUCAUCUGGCCAUAAUAGACAAUAUGGAGGAACAGGAAUUCAUCAAUAAGCACAUUAAGCCCUACUUUGACCAGUAUCACGGGUACUGGAUUGGACUUCAUGAAAAAUCUGAACAGCCAAAGAUUUGGGUCUGGACCAGUGGCGCUAAGCUUGAGGGAGGUUUCUGGAUUGAUGCUCCCUCACAAUCUGAUAACAAUUGUGUCCUGUCAAUGGUAAACAACUCCACUUUGAACAGCUGGCAUGCAGAGCGGUGUCUCAUGUUUAACAGAUGGAUCUGCAAAAUGACAGUUUUAACAUGGCCAAACUUUCUUCAAGCCCAGAUGAACCACAGCAACCUUUCAACAUUUUGAAAACUAACCCGUGCAAAAGAUAACCCUUUAAAAAACAAAUUGUAAUUUUAAUUUUUAGGGUAAAGUUCCAAGAAUGACAAGAUACAUACUCAAAAUAAGUUUUGCUGUUGGACUUACUAAGAAAAGUACUAGCUCUGUCUAGUUGAAGCAAUUCAGGGAGAACUCAUAUAUGCUCACAUUAGCUUCAUAAUGAAUGUCAGAAGAAAAAAAAUCAUUAAAACAUUUGACAUGAUGGAAUAAACAAUACAGCGACACA